GCCACAGCAACGGCCUCUCGGAGGCGGCCGGACAGAACCUCGACGGUCGAACCAACGACUGAAUCCCAGAGAACAGGACAGAUGGACACCUUCAGCACCAAGAGCCUGGCCCUCCAGGCCCAGAAGAAGCUCCUGAGCAAGAUGGCCUCCCGGACAGUGGCCUCCGCCUUCAUCGACGACACUAGUAGCGAGGUGCUGGACGAGCUGUAUCGCGCCACCAAGGAAUUCACCCGCAGCCGCAAGGAGGCCCAGAAGCUGGUCAAGAACCUGGUCAAGGUAGCAGUGAAGCUGGGCGUCCUGCUGCGCGCUGGGCAGCUGGGCGCCGAGGAGCUGGCACGGCUGCAGCGCUUGCGGCAGCAGGCGCGCCGCCUGGCCAUGACCGCUGUCAGCUUCCACCAGGUGGACUUCACCUUCGACCGGCGCGUGCUGGCCGCUGCCCUGCUCGAGUGCCGAGACCUGCUGCACCAGGCGGCCGGCGCGCACCUGACCGCCAAGUCCCACGGCCGCAUCAACCACGUGUUCGGCCACCUGGCCAACUGCGACUUCCUGGCGGCGCUCUACGGCCCCGCCGAGCCCUACCCCUCCCACCUGCGCCGGAUCUGCGACGGCCUCACCCGGAUGCUGGAUGAGGACAGCAUAUGAUGACCUCCGACCCGCUGCGGUUGCUUGCGGGGGUGCGGAGCUCUAAGUGGGACGGAGCUAACCCCUUCCUGUCUGACUCUGGCCAAUCACCCCUCCCCCAACACACACACACACACAGGUGACUGUGCAGCUCCAAAGACCCGGGUCCCCUGUCCUCGGGCCCAAUCUCACCGGGCUCGGAGCCCUGCUCAGUCUGCCUGUGCCUGUGGCCUCCCCCAGGCACCUGGAGACCCCUGCCUGCUCUGGCACCAUCUGAACAAUGCCCCUUAAGCCACUGUCUGUACCCCUCAAAUCACUGGGUGUCUCUGACAGCUGGGGGCUUCUCACUUCAGUGUUACUUGGGCAUUUUCAUUCACGCAGAGAGUCACAGGGAACCGGGAGAAAGGGGGUGUUACAGAGUGAACUGUCUCACCCCACCCCACCUCCCAUUUCCCAGAUGGAAGUCCUAACCCCUGGGACCUGUGAAUGUGACCUGAUCUGAAAAUCGGGUGAUUGCUGAUGUAAUUGGUUGCAGUGAGUUCAUAUUGGAGCUGGGCAGCCCCUAAUCCACCAUGACUGGGGUCCUUUUGAGAAGGGGACAUGUGCACACACAGUCAAGAGGGAGAAUGCUAUAUGAAGGUGGAGGCAGAGACUGGGCGGAUGUGACUACAAGACAAGUAAUGCCGAGAGCUGCAAGCCAGCACCAGAAGCUGGGAGAGAGCCUGGGACACUGGCCCGCCCCACACCUUGAUGUCGGGCCUCCUGAGCUGAGCAAACAAGCUUCCGUUGUCUCAGCCUCCCAGGCUGGGCACUUUGCUCCGCAGCUCAGAAAAUGAGGCCAGGGAGCCGUGGUGAGGGCUGUGGUGGGCUCAGGCCUACUGGCGAGGAUGCCCCUCUGCUUGGCAUCGUGGCCCUGACUCCCAGGAGGGAGGUGUUGGAGUGUGCCUCUGAUGCAGGCCAUUGGGAAAGCCAUCUGAGACACAUGCCUGUUUUUAAAGGAUCAUUUCAUAUUUGGAAAACAAAUACACAUAAACACUUGUUUUUAUAAGACAGGCCUCAGAGACAAAGCUCCACAAACCUUGGCUUUGGCAACACCCGGCAGGUGGGACAAUGCUUAAC